AUUAUAUUUGUGUUUUCUUAAUUUUAACUAUGUUUUCGUAUUUAUUACGGUUGUUUACUAUUUUUGAAACAUAUAAAAUUAACGUACCAUGGUAUUGCGAAGAGAGAGUAAAAUAAUAUUGGAAUGCCAUUGUGAGAAGUCUAGAAAAUUACUACAAGUGGACAUGCAGGAAAGCGGAAGGUUAGAGAGCGGUCAGCGCGCUCUCAGUCCGUCGACGCUACACGAGCGGCUGGUCGGGCACGCGCUCGCCGUCACGGACGAUCUGGAAGGAAGAUCGGGUGUUUGGGGUGAACACUCUUAUGCUCGCGAGCGCGGCGCCGCGUCCCACUCUCGCGUGCGCACGCUGCUGCUGCCCCGCACUCCUCUCGCCGGGCAGGCCGCACCCCUCGCCCUCGUCGACGCGGUUUCGUCACCGGCCGCGCGUCCCGCGCCACCCCUCGACCACCUCGACGACUCGGAUUCGAACGACGACGACGCGACCGCCGCCGCCGAUUGGGAGCGCAUCGUCCUCGACGCGGCGACCACCGAGGCGCGGCGUCGUCUCGCCGGAGCGGUCGUCCGGCUGCUCACCGAGAUGCGCCUCCGCCGCCUCGCGGUAGAUCGGAGUAGAUGGCGGCGCGCAGAAUCCGUCAGAGGGGCGGCGGCUCGGCUCCGCGGCGCGCUCGCCACGGCGACGGCCGGCGACAGCGCGUGGCUACACGGCGCCUUGCUCGCGCACCUGCCGCGGUCGCAGAGGACGCCGUACGAGCGCGUGACGGGCGAACUGCGACGCGUCGCGCCCCGUCUCGCCUCCCGCCUCGGGACCGACGCGCCGCCGCCACCGGCCGAGCCGUUGAACGCAGCCCCGCCACCGCUCGACGCCGCGACGCCGGGGCCCUGGCUCGGUUGGGUGAGCGCGGGGCUCGAGCGGCGGGACGAGCGAUGGCGCCGGCGGCUGGGCGCGCUGAUGCACGUGCGGACUUUGGGCAGCGCGAGCGCCAGAGGCGGGGCGCCCCCGGAACGCUGGUGCGCGACGCGGGCACACGCCGUCCGCUCGGCUCUCGUUCGUUUCCUGCAGGAAGCCGGGUCCCGCCCGGUGAUGUUGGGCGGAUUCGGCGCGGGCGCGGCUCUAGCGGCGCGGUUGGCGAGCGCCCGCGGAGUGCGCGGGGCGGUGCUGCUGGCGCCGCCGUUGCUGACCGCGGAGGGGCCGGACGAGCCGCCGGGCGAGGCGCCGGCGGCCGCCUUGCUCGUGGCGGGAGGCGCGGCGGCGGCCACCGGGCGCAGCGCCGCCGCGCAGAUGGCGGCCGCCGGUGGUUCUCGCCGUCUGCUCCUCGUCGCCGGCGCAGACGACGCGCUUCGUCUGCCGCGCCGUCACCGCCUGCGUCUCGGCCUGCCGCAGCAGGCGCUGGACGCCGCGAUCGCAGAGGAGUGCGUUCGCUGGAUCGGCGAGGUGUGCGCCGAGGAGGAGGACGAACGCACCGAAGAGUGCGCCGGAGUCUCCGUCGCCGCCGUCGUGUCGCCGGGGGGAGCCGGGGCGGCGGAGGGCCGCGUGGUGUCACGCGUGUCCGGCGGGACUCCGCUGGCGCUGCGGCCCCCGGGCGGCCGCCGCGCCGACUUUCACGCCGCCGACAUCAUGCGCCUACCCAUCGUGUUCGCCGACGACUUGCCCGACGCCGCCGAGCCGAAAGAGGAACGACUGCGAGUCGUGGCCGGCGCCACGAGGACGACGCGCGUCAUCGUGACGAAGCGCUCCGCUCUCGAAGGCGCUCCGACAGUCCGGCGACCGCGCGCCGCCGACUCGCAACGCCGCCGGCCCUGAUUCGGCAUAAGAAAUUAUACGUUACGACGCUA